AUGGCGCCGGUGGAAUUUGCCGACACGACCGCCGAGGGCAACUCCAACUCGCACUCGCAGGAUCCUUACCAGGUCGCGGUGGCGAACACCGUGGACGAAUCCAAUGCCAUCAUCCGACGUUGCAGAAGCACCAGUUCGCUGUGCCACCUGAGCGAUAGCCUACACAUUAGAUCGGAAUUCUGGCGAAAAAUGUGAGU